AUGCUUCUUUUUAACGACACUCUGGAAAUGAAUGUUACAAAAACGACUUCAUUGUCAAGUGACCAGUUUGGCCUUCCCCUUUCUCAUGGAGCGACAAUCGUUGCUAUUAAUUUUCUUCUUUCCAUUACUGGGACAUUUGGAAACUUCCUUAUAAUCUUUGCUAUUUUAACAACACCUCAGCUCCGACAAAGACCAUCCAAUUUUCUUCUCCUCAGCUUAGCAGUAACUGAUCUGUUAGUGACUACAGUUGCACAGCCACUGCUUGCAUCACAGGUUUUUCUGAAAACCAGAGGCAAUCCAUGUGCCCGUGGAGUCGAUAUGGCCUACAUGAUGUCGUCGACCUUUUCCGCCGGUUGUUCUAUAAACCAUUUGGCAGUUAUAAGCAUCGACAGAGCGCUGGCAACGGUUAAGCCCCWURAACAYCACAACAUUCUGAAGCAUUGUAUUCCCACGUCUUCAUCGACACAGAGAAGAAAUAUGCUUCUUUUUAACGACACUCUGGAAAUAAAUGUUACAAAAACGACUUCAUUGUCAAGUGACCAGUUUGGCCUUCCCCUUUCUCAUGGAGCGACAAUUGUUGCUAUUAAUUUUCUUCUUUCCAUUACCGGGACAUUUGGAAACUUCCUGAUAAUCUUUGCUAUUUUAACAACACCUCAGCUUCGACAAAGACCAUCCAAUUUUCUUCUCCUAAGCUUAGCAGUGACUGAUCUGUUAGUGACUACAGUUGCACAGCCGAUGUUUGCAUUACAGGUUUUUCUGAAAACCAGAGGAAAUSCAUGCUCCCGUGGAGUCGAUAUGGUCUACAUAAUGUCAGUGUUCCUUUCAACCGGUUGUUCUAUAAACCAUUUGGCAGUUAUAAGCAUCGACAGAGCGCUGGCAACGGUUAAGCCCCACGAACAUCACAACAUUCUGAAGCAUUGGUACAAAGUGAUGUUAUCUGUCUGUUGGGGAUCAGUCACCUUUGCAGUAAUCGUAUAUUUGAGUGUAAAAUUCACUAAAGCAGAAAAAAUUGCCGCUCUUACAUUAAGCAUUCUCAUUGCCGCAGGGAAAAGCGCCGCCCAAACCUUAAGCAUUCUUAUUGCCCUGUUUGUUGCCACAGAUUUCCUCCUCAUGAUUGGUUCAUACGCGAUAGUUUUCUGCAAAAUCAAAAACCACAAGUUCCAUUCAGCCAUGAGAGCAAUGCCUUCCUCGACACGUGAAAGAGCCAUGGAAAGGAGAGUUUCUGGAGCUAUUGCCAUUGUGAUUUUCCUUUUUGUUGCUUGCUGGUUCCCCGUUGUUGGAUACAGAUUAUCACAGCCUGAUAAAUCUGCCCACUGUUCGUUUGGUCUCAUACAAUUAUGGUUUCGUACACUUUGCUUAGCAAACUCAUCCAUGAACUUUAUCAUAUACAGCUUGAGAAUCCGGCAGUUCCGUACUGCAUACUUAAGAAUCAUCAACAGAAUGCUGCAACCAUUUCGACAAAUUGUUAGAAAUUGCUUAAGCACAAGCGCUGAACAACUAAAUACGACUGUAACACCGAUUACUGUUGUGUCCGUCCCUCUAACGAUAAACAUGCCAAGUUUAUCAAAGGAAAGCAAAGAUGCGAGUGAGACAAUUUAAAUCUAAGGAUACUGAUUGGAAAAUAUACAUGGAGAAUUGAGAUUUCAGUUGAGCAAUGU